GCGGCGAUGGGCGAGUGUGCGUGGGGUGCGGUGUUGCGGGUGGUGGUGGUGCAGGCGGCGUGGGCGCUGUGCGCGGGGCAGGUGCGGUACUCGGUGCCGGAGGAAGCCAAGGCCGGGACGGUGGUGGGCCGUGUGGCGCAGGACGUGGGGCUGGAGGCGGGCGAGGCGGAGGCGCGGCGGCUGCGGCUGGUGGCGCAGGGCCGGCGGGCGAGCGUGGAGGUGAGCGGGGCGAGCGGGGCGCUGGUGGUGAGCUCGCGGCUGGACCGGGAGGAGCUGUGCGGGAAGAGCGCGCCGUGCUUGCUGCGGCUGGAGGUGCUGGUGGAGCGUCCGCUGCGCGUCUUCCAUGUGGAGCUGGAGGUCACCGACAUCAACGACAAUGCCCCCAUCUUCCCCGCCGCCCGAAAAAACAUCAGUUUUUCGGAGAACUCCCCUCCCGGCUCCCGUUUCCCACUGGAGGGCGCUUCGGAUGCGGAUAUCGGAGCGAACGCGCAGCUCUCCUAUACACUCAGUCCCAGCGAGCAUUUCAGAAUAGAGGAAGAAAACAGUAACUCGCGCAGUAAGUCCCUGUUUCUGGUGCUCACGAAACCGCUGGACCGGGAGACAAUUCCCGUGCACCGGUUGUUGCUGACGGCGAGUGACGGGGGCCGGCCGUCUCUGACGGGGACGAUGGAGCUGGUGAUCUCGGUGCUUGACGUGAAUGACAACGCGCCCCAGUUCAACCAGUCGGUGUAUAACGUGGUUUUGCCCGAGGACGCAAUAGAGCGGACUCUGGUGGCACGGCUGAACGCCACGGAUGCAGACACGGGAAUAUAUGGUGAAAUGAUUUAUGAAAUUGAUACUGUUGUUCCUCCCUCUGCCUCAGAUAUUUUCAGCAUCGAUGCAAAUAGUGGCGAGAUCAGACUGAUAGGAGCCCUGGAUUAUGAGACUGUUACGAUAUAUAACCUACAAGUUCGGGCAACAGAUAAGGGAAUGCCGCCGUUGUCGGGUCACUGCAAGGUGGUGGUGGAAGUGCUGGACGUGAACGACAACGCGCCGGAGGUGUGGGUGACGUCGCUGUCGGUGCCGGUGGCCGAGGACGCGUCGGUGGGCACGGUGGUGGCUCUGCUGAGCGUGUCGGACCGGGACUCGGGGGCGAACGGUCGGGUGCGGUGCUGGGUGUGGCCGUCGGGUCCGUUCGGUCUGGAGGCGACGUUCUCGGGGUCGUACUCGCUGGUGCUGCGGGAGGCGCUGGACCGGGAGCGGGUGUCGGAGUACGAGGUGGAGGUGCGUGCGGAGGACGGCGGGUCGCCGUCGCUGCGCGGCAGGCUUGGGGUGCGGGUGCCGGUGUCGGACGUGAACGACAACGCGCCGGCGUUCGCGCAGGCGGUGUACACGGUGCUGGCGCGGGAGAACAACGCGGCGGGCGCGGAGCUGGCGCGGGUGUGGGCGCGGGACCCGGACGAGGCGGGCAACGGGCGCGUGAGGUACUCGUUGUGGGAGGGCUCGGCGGGCGGGGUGUCGGGGUCGUGGUGGUCGGGGGGCGGCGGUGCGGGCGGGGGUCGUCCGGCGUCGAGCUACGUGUCGGUGGACGCGGAGAGCGGUGCGGUGUGGGCGCUGCAGGCGCUGGACUACGAGGAGGUGCAGGUGCUGCAGUUCGAGGUGCGUGCGGUGGACGCGGGGGAGCCGGCGCUGAGCGGCAACGCGACGGUGCAGGUGUUCGUGGUGGACGAGAACGACAACGCGCCGGCGCUGCUGCCGGCGGCGGGCGGCGGUGCGGAGGCGGAGGCGGUGUCGGCGGCGGGGGAGGCGUCGGUCCGGGGCGCGGGGGCGCUGUGGGCGUGGGCGGCGUGGGCGCCGGCGGGGCAGGUGGUGGCGAAGAUCCGCGCGGUGGACGCGGACUCGGGCUACAACGCGUGGCUGCGCUACGAGCUGUGGGAGCCGCGUGGCAAGAGCGCCUUGUUCCGCGUGGGGCUGUACAGCGGCGAGGUGAGCACGGCGCGGGCGCUGGAGGAGGCGGACGGGCCGCGGCAGAGGCUGGUGAUCGUGGUGCGGGACCACGGCGAGCCGGCGCGCUCGGCCACGGCCACGCUGAGCGUGUCGCUGGUGGAGGGCGGCGAGGCGGCGCUGGCGGCGGCGGCGGGAUCGUCGUCGCUGCUGCCGCGCUCGGCGGCGGGCGGGGACAGCGGCUCUGCGGCGGCGGCGGCGACGACGAACGUGUGGCUGGUGGUGGCGAUCUGCGGCGUGUCGAGCCUGUUCCUGCUGGCCGUGGUGCUGUACGGGGCGUCGCGGUGGGCGCCGCGGGCGGCCGUGCUGUCGGGGCCCGGGCCCACGACGCUGGUGUGCGCCAGCGAAGUGGGCAGCUGGUCGUACUCGCAGCGCCAGAGCCGCAGCCUGUGCGUGGCGGAGGGCGCGGCCAAGAGCGACCUGAUGGUUUUCAGCCCCAACUUCCCGCCGCCGCCCGGCGCCGCGGCCAAGGACACGCAGCCGGAGCCUCCCGCUCUCCUCGACACGCCAAAACACCCCAACCCGGACUGGCGCUAUUCUGCAUCUCUGAGGGCAGGAAUGCAAAGUGCUGUCCAUAUGGAGGAGGCAGCAGUCCUGCGUGGAGGACCAGGAGGGCCUGACCAGCAGUGGCCAACAGUCUCCAGUGCUACAGGAGAACCUGAGGCGGGAGAGGUGUCCCCCCCAGUGGGAGCUGGUGUGAACAGCAACAGCUGGACCUUUAAAUUUGGACCGGGCAAUUCCAAACAAGGUGGUCCUGGUGAGUUGCCAGACAAAUUCAUUAUCCCAGGAUCUCCUGCAAUCAUCUCCAUCCGGCAGGAGCCACCAAACAGCCAAAUUGACAAAAGUGACUUCAUAACCUUUGGCAAGAAGGAAGAGACCAAGAAAAAGAAGAAAAAGAAGAAGGGAAACAAGACUCAGGAGAAAAAAGAAAAGGGCAACAGCACCACUGAGAACAGUGACCAGUGAGGGGGUUAUACUGAAAGAACCCACUUAGCCAGUUUUUGUAAUAAUGGCAGAUUUCUCCUAUGUAGCAACUCCCAACUUCUUCCUACUGUUAAAAAAUUUCCUGUAUGUACAGACUUGAGAAAAUCAGCAGGAAAUUCAGUGUCUGUCUAAAUUGCUUAACAGGUUUUGUCUUAAAAGCUUUAUUAAGUCUGGUGUUAACUCUUUUUCUCCACUCUGGCUUGUUUUCAGAAUCUAAAAAGCAGACACAAGUUUCCUUUCUCCUACGCCGAAAAGGAGAAUCUUCACAGUACAGCCAGUGAGAGGUUGGACUCUGCACUGUGGUUCCUGUGCUCCUGUCUUGAUGACACUUACAGGACAGGUUUAAAAGUUUUAAUGUUGUGCACCCUCUAUCUGAUUGGAAAUAUUUGUGUGCAGAUGUCAGUUAGGCGAUAUGAGACCAGAUUAUAAAAUGCAAGAAGAGCUGGUAAAUAUGCAACAGAGGAAACACCUAAUGAACACAAACAUUCAAAGAUGUUCAGGCUGGGGAGAAAAUAUCUGAAAGGAGAUGAGCAGACUUGUCAAAUCUUGAGAAGUCACUGUGUGGAAAUACUGAGUCCUAUACAUGACGUAUUGUACACACUGCUUCAAAUGAAACCUCACAUUUACAGCCUCUUUAAGGUACCAUUAAUUAUAUCUAUUUACCAAGCAAGCCAUUGGGAAAAUGGUCCCUUAAAACCCUGCAUUACCCUGGCGAGACCAGCCCUCAGAGUGUAAGAAGGGCUGGGCUGACAUCCCAGGAAUGUAACUGUGAUGCUCUGUGUCCCUAUUUCCACUCUAACAUUAUUUUGCACAUUUUGUCUCUGAAAAGGUCAGAGUUUUUCCACGACACUUAUGCAAAAGAGAGAAAAAAAGAAACGUUAACUAUGCUAUUUGUUAUUUGAGAUAUUUAUUUAUAAAGAAAUAUAGCUGUAAAUGUUAAAGAAAUAUGAUGCCCUUUAACCCAAACAGAAGUCAAUCUAGAGCCAUUAUAAAUUACAAUUGCUGCUAUUAAAGUGCUUUAGAAAAAUUGCCUGAAACAUCUGUAUUAUAUCGGCCACUUGCCAAUAACAGCUUUAUUCUGUCGGGUGACUUGGGGGCUGCCUCUUGCAUGUAUUAAUAAAUACAAGAAUAUCUUCUCUUUUUUUUUUUUUCAUUAAUCUGCACUUUGAAUACACCUUUGCAAACAAACUGUCCUAAUAUGAAGAAGCAGAAGCAAACUCCUCACACAAAUGGAUUUAUUAACCUGCUAGCUCUGUGCAGUACCUUGGUGUUACCUCCCACACAACCUUUUCUGAUUUUAGUUUAACUUUUCUAUGAGAUUAUGAAUUUCUGACCCUACUAACACUCCCUAUGUAAAAUUCAAGUACUGUAUGUAUGCUGUAUGCUCUUAUAAGAAUCCUGAAAUAUUUAUUCUGUGCUUGUGUAUGUGAAUGUCAAUGCAACUAUUAUUAGAGUGAACUUUAAGCUUUACCGUUGAAUGUAAAUUCAUUAUUUCUUUUUUGUACACUUGUGAAAAAGUGCAGUAGUGUUAAUUUUUUUAAGCCACUGUUGAUUAUCAGUUCUUUUGUGUAUGAAACACAAGUAAAAUAUCUUUCUUAAACCAAGCCAUGCAUGCAUUUUGGGAUUUAUUGCUAAGAAUCUGUGAAGCUGAAGUUCUGUGAAUUAAACCUAAGGGUAUAAAUGGAGUAUUGAAUGUGGCUGAGGAUGUUGAUAUAAAACCAAUACAUGUAUUUUUAAAUAGAAUUUAGCUGAUGAGGGAAUUCCAAGGACUUUUCUACAUUAUUGUACAUUCACAGAAUAAAGCUCAAGUGUCGUGUUAAUUGGAACUGUGUAAGAAACUACAUAGCUCUGAAAUUUCUAACAGGCCCUUUAAUCUAGGAUCAAAGAGAACAACUGGAUUUCUUGAGACAUGUCCUGGAUGUUUUAAGUUUCCGAACUGCUGACAGUUCAGAAUAGAACAAUUCCUAUUCAUUUUUAAGAACCUGCAGCAAGUCUUAAAACAUCACAGAAAAGCUCUAAUAAAAGAAUUCAUAUCUCAAAGCAUGAACCACCAAUGGCCUCAUGUGGUCUAUUUAGACUUUUCUUUUGCUACCAGUCCUGUUUUACUGACAAUAAAAAGGUGCUACUUAUGAAAGAGAAUCCUUGAUUCACUUUUGAAGGCUAGACAAGAGGAAAAAGCUUAAGCUUUGGGGAGGGAACUGUUCCUUUAUGCAAAUGUGCUAUGCAAGUACAUUUAGAUGUACCUUUUUUUUAUUUGAUGACUAAUCCGAGAGCUCCCAAAACGUUCAUCCACUGGAGUUACAGUGGUAACUUAAACACACAGAAGGAUACAGUUGUUUCAUACUCAUCAUGAAGUGGUUCUCACAAUGCCUCUGGCAAAAAUCCAGAACAAGGCUUUAAUUCUUACAGGAACCUUUACCAUUUGAUUAUUUUUAGAUUUUAAUUGAGUGUUUGUUUUUCUUUUGAGUACUUGCAUUUUCCCCUGUGCAAGCUGAUUGGUUAAUUCAUUUUUCAUCAGCGGUCAUACACAGCAGGUUUUCCAAGGCUCUUGCAUCUAUCAGAAUGAACCAAGAGCUGCAGUAUGUCUCCAAUUUCCUGCUUUGAACACAAGAUUACAUUUACCAAUGCUGCCUUUGAUGCAGGUGCUUUCUGCAGGGGACUGCAUGCCUUGGAAGACAAGAACAGAAUAUCUGAAGGUAACAAUUCCAGUAUGGAGAGCUGAAAGAGCAGAGAAAAAACUUUCAGAGGAGAGGAGAGGCUCUUGCUGGAAUUGUUUUAAAGAGGCUGGACUGCACUAGUAGGGUAUACAUUCCACAGAUUCACUGUGUUUUCAGAAGGCUGAAUCAGGCACCUCACCAGAUCCUUAAAAGAUUUUUCCUUGUAUGAACCCUCGAGUGCAACAGGAAUGCUGAGAUGUCUGCAAAGUGAAAUUUGGCUAUUUCAUAACUAAUAUACAAAUUAUACUAUUGACACCCUUGAUUUUGCUUGUCCAGGGGGAGAAUAAACCCUUGGCAUGAAGUAUGUUUGGAGGACCAGGUGUGGGUGGAGCUGGAAAUUGCACAUUAGGGGUUACUGUUUGAACACCACACGACAAUGGGAAUUGAGAACCAGAGGUGGCCAAGAGCUUCACAAAUUUGGAAGUAAAAGUUUAUUUUAUCCUCCUGCUGCCAAUGAAAUGAGCAAGACAAAACACGCAGCAGAGUGUGUUAACAAGGAAAUUACAAUUGUGGGGCAUUUACUGCUUGAACAGUUUAUUUCUCUCAGAGUCCACGUAUAAUUUCUGUGAACCUAUUGUCUUUGGAAGUCUGGUUUCUAUGCACACAAAAGCAGUUGGUCAAAACUAUUGGGCUUUUAUAGCAAUAAACCUGAGUUAUGCUGUAUAUUAAUUACAUCCUGUCAUUAAAAAGAAAUCACAUUUUGCAUUAGGCUUCUAAGGCUUAA